AAACAUAAAUAUCGAUCACUGAUAAUAAUUUUUGUUGUGAAUGUCUUCAGAAAAUAAUGUUUAAAAUGAGUGCUAAUUUCGCAUAAGAGCUGUAAACAAAUAUGUUACAAUCUUACCUGACAUAAAUUAUAUAUUUUAGUCAAUAAUAAAGGUAAAAUUAAGUACAUUGCUAAACAGUUGCCCUAAGGUUGUUUGUAUUCGUCUUAUAACGAGUUACUAUCAGCUGAGAGUUCAUUAACAUUGAAGGCUGUGACAGAAAUAAUAGUAAUAUAUGCGGAAAAAUUCGCACUCGUGACUGUGUGUAUAGUAAAUGACUCAUUUUAAAUAAGUUAUCCACAAUUUGGUAAUUAAUCAUUGAACCAAUUUGAUCAACAAUGAACUACUUCUCUUUUCUAAAUAUAAUGGGCAACACUAGUAAAAAAUUAGCAGCAAAGUGCACAUUACUGACAAAAGAGGAGCAGAAGUAUGUAGCUGCAACGUUCAGGGCGGCGAGUAAGAACUCGGAGAAGAUAAGGGAAGAGGAUCUCAUCGUGAGUGGAAAAGUAGAUGCAGUCCUGUUAGAAAAAUUCUGGGGUCCGCAGAUAGACCCGAGGUUGGCGCAGUAUCUGUCAAAUUUUCUCUUCGGCUCCGGUCAGCAGAAAUCGCCGACGGUCGACUUCAAUCGCUUCGCAGAACUGUAUGUGUUUAACGUGAGAGGUACAGUGGACGAGAGAAUGACUGUGACAUACAACUGCCUCGGCAAGGAUUACAAUGAGGAAAUCGAAUUGCCGUAUCAGCUGCUAAAAGAGUUUUGCGAGAGCAUCGUGUCCACUUACAUCAAGAUCGUCAAGUCGUCGUCAUCGAAACGCGUUCGAGUGUGGAUAGACAAGGGGUUCAGAGCCAGCGCAUCAUAUGUGCAAGCCCUGGGGGAGGCUGUGGCCGCAACUAUUGGUGGCGAUCUCGACUCGCCGCACCAUCAUUGUAACGCCCAGCAGCUUUCCAAGUGGCUACAAACCAACAUACUAUUGAAGCAACUAGCGGAACUGGUGUUCGUGAAUCUCUACGGUAUAAACAAGCGCUCUGGUGAUGAAAGUCCCACACCGCUACCACCAGCACCGGCCUCGCUGCUACCAGCGCCUGAUGGCCUCGAAGCAAUGCCAGACUAUCCAGCGUUUAUCGAUUUAUCGCAUAUAGUCUGGAUCAACAGUCACUUGCCUCAGAAGUACCAACAUAAGUGGCGCUUUCUAUUUUCCUCCCACAUUCACGGCGAGUCCUUUUCCACGAUGGCCGGCCGGAUCCAGGAUCAGGGUCCGUCAGUGCUGAUCAUAGAAGACAACAGCGGCUACAUUUUCGGGGGCUUCGCCACCGCCUCGUGGGCCUGGAGCCCCAACUGGACGGGGACCGAUGAAGCGUUCCUGUUCACGUGCGCGCCGCGCAUGAGGAUGUACCCGGCCACUAGCUACAACGACCACUACCAGUAUAUGAACCACCAUACGAAGACGCUGCCUAAUGGAAUGCUAAUGGGCGGGCAGCUGGAAUUCGGCGGAAUCUGGAUUCCAGCGGAACCGUUCGGCGAGGGCUCCUCGGCGGAGUCGUGUUCCACGUUCCGCGGCUACCGGCGGCUCAGCAAGGAGCCGCACUUCCGCAUCCGCAGCAUCGAGGUGUGGGGCGUGGGGGACAAGCCCGCUUUGGACAAGGAUGAGGACGAACGCGAUACGAGCAUACUGGACGCGAAUCCGGAGGCCAAAGCUAUAUUGGACAUGGCGGGUCGCACCAGGCACAGUGACGGCAUUCGCGAGGAACCCCCGUUAUAAUGCCCAUAGGUGCGCGUGAAGGAUCUAAAUCAGCUUAAUAUAAUUAAUUUUAAGCAAAAUCGCUAUUGUGCAAUAUUAAAUUGUAACAUUGUAUUGUUCUUAUUUAUUAUCGUAAUAUAACUGUGUUCUAUAAUUUCUUAAUAAAAGAAAUGAUAAUUUUUAAGAAACAAACGUCAAAAACUACCAUAGCGCUAGAAAACCACAAGGAAAAAGGAUUUUUUUACAUUAUUGGAAUGAAAUUAAGUCUAUUAAGUAAAUUCUGUGGUUAUACACCGAUGAUGUCAAUAAUAAUUAUUAGCACGACGUUGAGACAGAUCUAGGUGCAAGGGGCGAAAUUAACGAGCCCGACUUACAUACGCCAUAUUGUUAGCAGCUCGGGACACUAUGUAAGGGCUGCCGCGCAUGUUUUAGACUAGUUUUUAAUCAUUUCUAUAUUAUUUCCUGUUAUUGAGUUGUGACAACCGCAACAUUUUUAGCCUGGUACUACGAGAUCAGCGGCGUUGUACUAAUGUAUGCUUUCUUUUAUACUGAUUACUGUUACUUCUUAGUUUCGGUCAGAGUUACUUUUCAAUUCUUUUUUAUAUUGAUAAAGAAAAGCUAUUGAGCUUUUUUGACAUUGUUUUUUUUUUGUUAAUUAAUUAAUUUACCUCUUAGGUUUUAUUUAUUUCUCAGUAUGAAUCAACGCUAAUUAUAAAAUAGUUUUACAAUGCUUGUAUGUAAUACGUAAGUUAUAUGAACAGGCAGUGCCAAUAUAUACUUGUACGAUUUUAAAUUAUAGAUUUUUCUAUACAUUCAAAAAAAUAAAUGAUCAUUCAAUUUUUUAACCUGCAAUGUCACUAUUAUAUGUAUCCAAAAGAGUACGACAGUACUUUAAGCCUGUGAGUUUUAUUAUUAGAACAUUGUGUAUUCAUUGUAAUCAUUAAUUAAUUACGUGCCUUUUGUGUGUAGUAAAAAUGAUUAUUUUAUAUCUCUGUAUAGACCUUUAUCGAGAUCGUUAGAACAUAUUUUCCUAAUGUGAUUUUGUAUUGUAAUAAAUAAAUAUAUCGCACGCAAUACGCGAAACGCACACGUUGUUAAGUAUAUUGUUAUAAUUAAUAGAAAUUAAACAUUUACGUAUGUCGAUUUUUGCAUAAUAUUAAGUAUAUAUGCAUUUAUGCAUAUUAAAAGAUUAAUGAUUAAGUCUUAACAGUGCAUUGAAUAUUUAAACGUACUAAAAGUAUUUUAAAUGUAUAGUAUCAUUGGAAAAUUAUAGAUAAAAAAUAUCCUACAGGCCCAUAGUGCAACUAGCAUAGGGGGCGUUUGCGGAAAUACGUUUGCUUCUUAAAUUAUUUUAUAUUGUCUAUGUUCUGUUUUUUAAAAGCUGGAGUAGUAACUUCCUAGAAAGUCUUUGUCCUUUUUUGUAGAAAAUAACUUCGUACUUUUAUUGAACCAAAUUAGCGUUCAGGGUAAAUAUCCAAUGAUUUGAAACCUUUUUAUAAUUGCAAUGUUAAUGAACUAGUCAAACAAGGUAAGGUAGUGUAUGAACCUACUGAAUAUCUUCAUAUCAAGCUGUUAUACGAGGAUAAAUCUAAAUUCGGAAAAUCUAAAAUGCCUUGAAAAUUUAAGUAACUUUUUUUGGCUUUAUGGCCAGACUAUUUAUGCCGAAUACAAAAUACCGUUCGGCAGAAAAAAAGAUUAAGGUAUAAUUUAUAUAUCAAUAACGUGGUUGACGUUUUUGUUAUUUUGUAGUCAAUCUGUGCCAAAGGUUUAGAACCUAGUUUAAGCGGGAAAGUGAAAAAUGAAUUAUGUUCAAGCUAGGCUGCUAUUACUAUAACCUUUUUUAUUACAGCAUAGAAAAAAAACAGUUUUUAAGAAGUUUUCAUACAGUAUGAUUUGUCUGAUAUAGAUAUUGAAAAUCCUUUGAGUUGAAUUAUGUUUUAUUUUUGCUUAUUAUUUUUUUAGCAAGCUACAUUCCUAUGUACGUAAAUUUUAGAAUCCACUUUCCGGUGUUGGCUUUUGAAAUUUUUAGAUCUGGUAUUUGAUGUCGUAAUGUUGUUACAUCAAAAAAUUCAGUAUAUUUUAGUAAAAAUUUUGCUUUUUAAAAUAAUAAUAAUUUUACUAUGAUUUAAAUAAGUAUACGUGGUAACCUGUGUUAUAAAAAUAUGUUAUUUAUAAUGUUUAUUGUGUCUUUGUACCUACGUAUUAGUGAAUUGCCUUACAUAUAACGUAAUUAAGUUCGAAAUUGCAACUUACUCCGUAAAAUAAAAUUCCUUAUUUAUCUAAAAGUAUCACUGUUAAUAAUAGAUGAAUGUGGCUUAGUUACUAAUAAGGGAAUUUUUGAAUGAAUUGAAAAUAUAUUAUGCACCAGAUGGAUCGUUGUUUAUGAACUGUUUGGAAUAUUUCUUUCGAUGCAAAAGAUCGCUUUUACGCAAUCGGUCAAGUGAAAACUUUUUUUAUAGGUUUAUACAAAUAUUCUAAUAAUGUCUUCAAAAAUAUCGUCAAUAUCCAUAUUCUUAUUUAUAUUUAUGUCAAUUCAUUUAUGUAUUUAUGUGAUCGAACAGCAGCGGCAGAUUAUCUCGCUUGUUUAAUGAUUAUGGUUCGUUUAGGCAGUAAAUCGCUUUUAAGUGUUGAAUGUUAUAUUUAUUUUAGCGUAAUGGUGUAAAUAAAGUGAUAUGUGUAA